GACGCGGUCGGUGCGAGCUCUAGAGUGUGUAUGCGCGCGUGUGCGUGUGUGUGUGUGUGUGACUCCGCGUUUUCUCUCUAUUCUCUAUGUUGUUCAGAGCGCUAGGGAGAUAGGCGUGACAACGGACGGGGGACGUCUGGUUCGUGACUGGUCUACCGGAGAGAGGAGUACGCAUAUCGUGUAGUGUGUGGCCCAGCGUAUUCGAUGACAGCGGAGAAGAGGCAAUGCAGACCGUGCGCUCCUACGGUUGUUCUAGACGAGUCCUCAUCGCCAGUGUUAUUUUAACGCAACGCUUCUCGAUUUCAAGGCCGUACGGGGACUGACGACCCAGGGAAUCGCACAGCCACCGGACCACACUCGUCAAACAUCAGCGGCUGUGGGCCCCUGUUGCGGCCGGAGGGUAUGGUUUUGGAGGGUAGCUCGGAGGCCCUUUGUCCCGCCCCGUCUCUGGAGCUGCGCCCGUCCUGCAACAACACCAAGAGCCAGCCGUCGCCGCCGCCCCCGCUGCCCCUCGGAACCUCCGGCCCGCAGCCGCACGACCCCGUCUUCCCCAGCGACAAGGAGCCCGUCAAGUAUGGGGAGCUCAUCGUCUUAGGGCACAACGGCUCGCUGUCCAAUGGCGACAAGGGGCGACGGCGAAGCCGCCUGGCGCUGUACAAGAGGCCGAAGGCCAACGGCGUCAAGCCCGACGUCAUCCACAACAUCUCCACCCCGCUGGUGUCCAAGGCCCUCAGCAACAAAAGCCAGCACAGCAUCUCGUACACACUGUCGCGGAGCCACUCGGUCAUUGUGGAGUACACCCAUGACACCAACACAGACAUGUUUCAGAUUGGCCGGUCCACCGAGAACAUGAUCGACUUUGUGGUGACAGACACGGCUGGCGGCAGCGGCGGCGGCGGCGGCGGCGGGGGCAGCGGAGGGGGGGGCCAGGGCGCGGCCGGGGAAGGGGUGGGAGGAGGAGGAGGUGGGCAGUCGGCCCAGAGCACCAUCUCGCGCUACGCCUGCCGCAUCAUGUGCGAGCGGAGCGCGCCAUACACCGCCCGCAUCUACGCCGCGGGCUUCGACUCCUCCAAGAACAUCUUCCUGGGGGAGCGAGCCGCUAAGUGGAGGACCUCUGACGGUCUGAUGGACGGCCUCACCACCAACGGGGUGCUGGUCAUGCACCCGGCGGGAGACUUCGUGUCCGAGCCGGCGCCGGGCGUGUGGCGGGAGAUCUCCGUGUGCGGGAACGUCUUCGCCCUGCGGGAGACGCGCUCGGCCCAGCAGCGGGGGAAACUGGUGGAGAACGAGUCCAACACCCUCCAGGACGGCUCCCUGAUCGACCUGUGCGGCGCCACCCUGCUGUGGCGGACGUCGGCGGGGCUGCGGCGCACGCCCACCCUGAAGCAGCUGGAGUCGCUGCGGCAGGAGCUGAACGCCGCGCGGCCCCAGUGCCCCGUGGGCUUCAACACGCUGGCCUUCCCCAGCCUGGCCCAGCGCGAGAUCGUGGACAAGAAGCAGCCCUGGGUGUACGUCAACUGCGGCCACGUGCACGGCUACCACAACUGGGGCUACCGCAAGGAUAAGACCCCGGCGGCCGGCGGGGUCCCCGGGCUCGGGGGCACGGCGCCGGCCAGCCUCGGGGGCCCCGGGGGCUCCGGGGGCGACCGGGAGUGCCCCAUGUGCCGGCGCGUGGGCCCCUACGUGCCCCUGUGGCUGGGCUGCGAGGGGGGGCUGUACCUGGACGCGGGCCCCCCCACGCACGCCUUCUGCCCGUGCGGCCACGUGUGCUCGGAGCGGACGGCGUCGGGCUGGAGCCAGAUCCCGCUGCCGCACGGCACGCACGCCUUCCACGCCGCGUGCCCCUUCUGCGGCACCUGGCUGACCGGGGAGCAGGGCCACAUCAAACUCAUCUUCCAGGGCCCCGUCGACUGAAUCCCACCACCGACCCCCCCAU